AUGUACAUACACAGAAAUACACACGCACAGACACAUGUACAUACAUACACAUGAACAUACACAGAUACAUGUACACACAGACACAUGUACGUACAUACACACACACACACACACACAUACAUGUACAUACACGCAGACACAUGUACAAAUACACACAUGUACAUACACACAGACACAUGUACGACUGUACAUGCAUACACAGACACACACAAACACACACAUGUACACGUACACAUACACAACCCCAUAAAAAGUUACAGUACUUCGUUGUUCACUCACAGAGUCGGGUACUGCACUCUAGGGGGAGGCAGAGAGCACAGCACACACUCCUUGCUUUGCUUUCACUGCGCUCAGCUACUGAGCAGUCUGACGGCUCCCAGUGCUAAUGACAGAUCCGGCCUGAGCUUCGAGCCUGCUCAGCAAGACGGCCCUGGGAGACACACUGGCCCCCACCAUAAUUUCCACUCACCAUUGGUGAGCAGGCCAGUGGAAAUUUCAAGA